AUGAAGAGCCUCUCCUUCGGCGGGCGCGUGGGUCGAGUGUGGCGCGCGUAUGAGCGCCAGCUCGCGCGGCGACCCGUGUUGACGAACGCGGCGACCACCGCGGCGAUCUGGGCCGCGGGCGAGCUGCUCUCGCAGACGAUCUCCGGCGAGAAGACCGUGAAGAAGGCACAGGUGCUGUCCUCCGCCGCGUACGGAGGCGCCGUCAUCGGUCCUCUUGGGCACGUGUGGUACCUCUGGCUCGACCGGGCUUGCACGGCGCGGCUCGCUCCAGGGACGAUCCCGUUCGUCGCCGCCAAGGUGGCGCUCGACGCGUUCGCGUUCGGUCCCGUGCACGUGGCCGGGUUCUUCGCGUACAGUGAGCUUGUCGCCGGUGGGAACCUGGGCACGAUUGCGCGGCGGCUGAAGCAGGACUUCGCUCCGACGUUCGUCGCCGAGCUCGCGUUCUGGCCGGGGUUCCAGGCCCUGAACUUCCUCCUGGUCCCGCCGCACCACCAGCUGCUGGCGGUGAAUGUUGCGUCGCUGGCGGAGUGCACCUUCCUGUGCUGGGCCCGCGGGCAGGACGACUGGCUGGCGGCCGCCAUGGACGCGCUCAACAUGAGCAAAGCUGAGCCGAAGCCGCAGCGGACGACCGUGUGA